UCCAUGCAAUACGGCAAUCGUGUGGGCUUCUAGUCACAUCUCUCCGAAGUAUGUGCUAAACCAUCGCGAAGCGAUGUAACAGAGGCGACCACCGCAAGCGUCUCCCCAUAGCGGCCGAAACAAAAUCCAGUGAGGAAAGCGAAGUGGAUGAGCAGAAUCUGAGACGUUAUUGAAGCACACGUGGCAAAGUUGGGCGCUGGAAUCUGUGACUGGUGGGCCGCCUCUGCAUGAGCUUUGUGAAGUCAUCACAGUUUUCCUCGAGACUCUGUGAGCCAUGGCUUCCAAACCUCAUCCUCCUUUAAUGAAGAAGCACAGCCAGACUGACCUGGUGAGCCGCCUGAAAACCCGCAAGAUCCUGGGCGUUGGGGGCGAAGAUGACGAUGGAGAAGUGCACAGAUCUAAGAUCAGUCAAGUCCUGGGAAAUGAGAUCAAGUUUUCUGUGCGGGAACCCUUGGGUCUCAGGGUUUGGCUCCUCAUCUCAGCAGUCAUGUUCACCGUGGUGGCCCUCAUGGCCCUCACCUUCCCCAACCAGCUCUACGAUGCGGUCUUUGAUGAGGAGCUGUCCAACACAAAAAUGUCGAUCAGACUGUACGGUGCUGCUCUCCUCAGUAUUUCCUUAAUUAUGUGGAACGGGCUGUACACGGCAGAGAAGGUGAUAAUCCGCUGGACCCUGCUGACAGAGGCCUGCUACUUUGGAAUUCAGUUCUUGGUGACGGCGAUCACGCUGGUGGAGAACGGCUCGGUGUCUAACGGCGCUCUGCUCCUCAUCUCCAGCAGAGUCCUCUUCAUCAUCAUCAGCCUGUCUUACUACUACCAGUUGGGGCGUCGCCCCAAGAAGAUUUAAAAGAAGAACUGGGGGGGGGGCGGUUAUGGGUGGGGGGUUCAAAUAUGGGGGGCUAGUCGGCUAGCCAGCCGUCAUCCUGGGAGCGAUGGGUAGCUAAGCUAUGGAUGCUGUUGGCUGGGUGCAAGUGGGCACAAUCGGGGUAACCUUGGAGUGGGGGGGGGUAUGAGGGGUGUUGGGGGGGGGGAGGUUUAGGUAAACUCGUCUGGAAUAGCAGGAGCAGGACUCGUGAUGUUUAUACGUCAAGUGUGCACCUUCAUCCGUUCCGUCUCACUUCUCCUUUCGUUCUUCCAGUUUUCACUCAAGUUGUGAUUUCAGGUUUUUGUCCACUCAGCGUUCGUUUCUCAGGAGAACUUUUGACCAAACAAACACUUUUGUGGCCGCAGUCCGGGCCAGUAGCGCCAUAGCCCGGACAGAAGUGUGUGUGGGGGCUCUGGUUGGAUAAAUCAACCCUGCAGAGUAGCAGUUGGCCAGCAGGUGGCGCUAAACGCACAUUAGGAGUCCAUUCACUGGGCUCUUUGCAUCCGGGCGUAUCGCUGCACUUCUUGUAUUUCUUUCUUAUGAUGCUGAUGUGUUGGCCAGAGAUGUGCUUAUUAAUGGGUGGGCUUAGUACUUUAAGUACCCCCUCUCUUUAAAAAAAGAAAAAAAAAUGGGGUUGACAGUUGAUGAGCAGAUGCUGGAUAAGGAGGACGUCACAGAUGGGAGUUGAUUAUGAUGGUCAAGCUACAGUGCCAGCGUCUGGGCAUAUGCCUCCAGGGCAAUCUGACCAGCAGACCCUACAAGAAAACAACAUACAA